AUGCACCUCACCAAUUUCCUGCAGACCGCGUUCCAGGGGUUGCUCUUCUCCACACCAGACAGUGACCUACAACCCGGCAACAUGCGAGCAAGCUCCAGCCUCCAUCUGGCGACAUCUCUUACAGCUGCCUUGUCUUCGGCGCCCGCCGUUCCAGCAUCGUCAAAUGGUCUGGUGGUCACUUCCGCCCCCACGACGGCUCAGCCCUAUGUUCUGCCGAAUCUGCAAGGCCAAGCCAUUGACUUUGGUGGCUUGAUCAUCCGCACGCUUGUCCCCAACACCACGACGGGCGGAGCCUUCUCACUCGUCGGGGUCAACUCAGGCCCGGCACCCCUAAACCUGAUCCAUCAUCACAAAGAAGUCGAGGCAUUCUACACCCUCAAGGGCAGCGUGCAGGUGUUCCACAAUGCCGACACCGGUCGAGAGCUGCGUGCCAAUGACUUUGUAUUCCUUGCUCCUGGUAACAACCAUACCUAUCGACCCAAUGACCUGGAUUUCCAACUUACUCUCGGUAUGGCUCCUGGCGGCAUCGAUCAGUUCUUCGCCGCGGCUGGGAACUCCUACGAUUCGCAUGCACCCUUCAACCCAGAAGGCUCUCCACAGCUCAACGUCACCAAGGUUCUAGGGCUGAUGCCACAGUACAAUAUUGUGCCUGAGCCGUUCAACACCAUCAAUAUGGACUGGGUGAAUGGCACCACGCCCAACGGCUUGAGUACCUGGCAUGUCGCCGACCAAUCUUUACCAGACGACCCCCGCCAAGCUUACUUCAUCUCCAGCAACCGCGGCCCCAAAUACCUGCAUCGAAGAAGCGGUCAAGUUGUUGCCCAGCUGGCGUCCAUGAAUCAGACGAACAACAAAUUGAGCGUCUCCACAAUUGCCAUGAAGCCAGGUUGCAAGCAGUCGCAAGUGACCUUUGCCGUGGACCAAGCAUUCCAGGUGACAGAAGGCCGGUUGGAUUUGGAGAUUGACGGCGAGUCAGCACAACUGAUUUUCGGCGACCUCGCUUUCAUUCCGAAGAACACCACCUUCACAUACUGGUCCACUGUCGGUUUCACCAAAGUCGUGAACUGGGCCGCUGGACCUGGUCUUGCUGAGCUACUGAUCUCAGACGCCGAGCACUGGUCUUACGGUGUUUGGCCUGCCUAA